AGCUGUCAGUUGACAGCAGCACACAUGAGCCUCAGUGCUGCACACGGAGUUGACCACUCGUUGAUUGCACGUCUACACAACUCCUCGGGGCACGAACAUGACAGGAUACACCCCUGUCACCCAUACGGACUGACCACAAGCGCGUGAGAGGAGGGCUAAGUUGUGAACUGCUAUCUGGUGUUAAUAGUUAGCUUGCAUGCUAACGGUAGCUAGCUGGUGAUCGGAGUUCGGUUCUGCUUUGUGCCGUCAGUUGGCUAACCGUCGCUAGCGAAGGUCGGGGGGACUAACGUUAGCUGGUAGCCAAGUUAGCCAUUUAGCAUCACUAUUGUGUCAUUUUAAUCAUUUCUUUUAAAGCUGAAUAACUACGCGGGCAUCAUUUGUCACAUAUUUUUUCUUGUUGUGAACGUUUAUCAAUUUUACUGCAUAUAUCGUUGAUGUUAGCUAGCUAGCGAGCUACCCUGCUAUGCUAACGCCAGCUCAGUGAGAGCUCACAUCACAGGGGUGCGGAGAGCUCCACACAAGUCAAGGAAGGAAGAGAGGUGACUUAUGAUGUGGGCUGGGGGAAGCGGCGGACUGUUAGGCGAAGGAGAGCAGCACUGUUAGCUUAAACACACCGCUUUUUAACACAUUAAGUCCUUGCCGGAGGAAGGGCCAUAGCGUCGGUGAAGCUGUGUGGGACGUUGGAUGAAGAAAAUAAUUGGGGCACUUCUAUUUGCGAGCUGGCUAAAUGAAUAGUAUUGGCAUUACUGAGUCGUGAGCUAGUGGCCACUGUGCCAGCUUCAAGGGGGAGACACUCCGUCAAGAUUAUCGCACAGACUGCAAUAACCAGCCAGUUUGCUUUAAGAUGGCUUCGGCGGGCAGCAUUGCCGCAGCUAUUGCGAGCAAGACGAAGACCAAGAAGAAACACUUCGUUGCUCAGAAAGUGAAGCUCUUCCGUGCCAGCGACCCUCUGCUCAGCGUGCUGAUGUGGGGAGUCAACCAUUCGAUAAACGAGUUAAGCCAUGUUCAGAUUCCCAUCAUGCUCAUGCCAGAUGACUUCAAGGCCUAUUCUAAGAUCAAAGUGGACAACCACCUCUUCAACAAGGAGAAUAUGCCCAGCCAUUUCAAGUUCAAGGAGUACUGCCCUCUGGUGUUUCGAAACCUCCGGGAGAGGUUUGGCAUUGAUGAUCAGGACUUCUUGAACUCUCUGACACGCAGUGCUCCCUUGAACAGCGAGGCCCAGGGACGGAGCGGGGCCCGUUUCCAUACCUCUUAUGACAAACGCUAUGUCAUCAAGACCAUCAGCAGCGAGGAUGUGGCAGAGAUGCAUAACAUCCUAAAGAAAUAUCAUCAGUUCAUCGUGGAGUGCCAUGGCAACACGCUGCUGCCUCAGUUUCUGGGGAUUUACCGGCUCACCGUGGAUGGAGAUGAGACCUACAUGGUUGUUACACGCAAUGUCUUCUCUCACCGCCUUUCUGUCUACAAAAAAUAUGAUCUCAAGGGUUCCACUGUGGCAAGAGAGGCCAGCGACAAGGAGAAGCAGCCGCCCCAACCAGAGGAUGUGCCCCCGCGGCCCAAAUCUGGUAACGUUCAGCAAAGGCUGCAAACACUGCGGAUUGCCACGCGCUUUUACUGCGCCAUGAAACACGUAAGAGAUGCCAAGGAGCUGCCCACCUACAAGGACAAUGACUUCAUCAAUGACGGGCAGAAGAUCCACAUCGAUGGGGAGAACAAGAAAAUGUUCCUGGAGAAGCUUAGGAAAGAUGUGGAGUUCCUGGCCCAGCUGAAGCUCAUGGACUACAGUCUGCUGGUGGGGAUCCACGAUGUGGAGCGAGCCGAGCAGGAAGAGGUGGAGAGUGAGGACAAUGAGGCCGAAGAGGAGGGCGAGAGUGACGGAGGGGGCAUUGGAACGCCCCCUGACAGUCCCAGCAACACCCUGGACAGCACCAAGCAUCUGUCACCUGGAGAGUUUGAUCCCGCCAUUGACGUCUACGCCAUCAAAAGCAAUGAUAGUGCUCCCAGGAAGGAGGUUUACUUCAUGGCUGUCAUAGACAUCCUGCAGCAUUACGAUGCCAAGAAGAAAGCUGCUCACGCCGCCAAGACUGUCAAACAUGGGGCCGGAGCGGAGAUCUCCACGGUCAACCCAGAGCAGUACUCCAAGAGGUUUUACGAUUUCAUCACCACUAUCCUGUCAUAGCCUCCAGGAGCGACGGGAGGGCACGGAGGCACAUGGGAAGGGGAGGGGCAAGUGGGGAGCAGGGCGGGGAAGAGAAGUGACGGAGAGAAAAAACCCAUCGAGAGGCUGAAUUAAUAAGGUGCUGUGAUGGAUUUGUAUCACUCUCCCUCAUGCAUUCUCCUCAUCCCUCCCUGUUUGUUUCUCUCUCUUUCAGAGGUGUGCCACGCUCUGCAGCUAAAAACAAACAAAAAAACAAACAAAACAAAAAACCAUCAUUCGUUUACAUUUAACCUCUCCUCUGUUGACUCUUGUUUUUGUGUUACUUUGGAUGAUAAGGGUGUUGAAAGCAAGCGUCCAAGUCAUUACAUUUUUUAUAUUAUUUGUGUUUGUUUUUCUGUAUGGUUGUUUAUGUGGGAAUAUGGCUUUUUUUAUUGCCUCUAAUACAACAUCCAGCACCCUGCAUUUUUUUUUAUUUUGAUGUUUGUAUUUGUCUUCCCCUUAUGAUAUUCAUGGGGAGGUACUGUAGGGGAGGGUAUCGUCAGCGUAUAGUGUGAGGUCAGGGGGAGUGCGGAGGUCAUGUUACGGCACAAGGUGAGGUCCCUCUUGCAAACAGAAGGCUUUAGCGGGAUGUAAGGAGGAAGUUCAUGUUGAGCCUCACCUAAUGCAAUUGCUUCAUUCCAGGAAGUGGGAAGCAGUCUUCCAAUAGGCCAACAGCCAGACACCCCCACCCCUCACCCAAAUGCUAUACAAGUACUCAGCCAAACUUCCUAUUUGGGUUCCCUUCUGCAUCACGCACCCUAUAGACGCCACCCCAUCCCCACCUGUUCCUGCGUGUACAGUUAAAUUGAGCUUCUGGGUUAUCCUCUCGCCACACACUUGAGACAGACAAUUGCAGUAAAUUAUGUUGCUUGAUUCCAGUUGCACCUCAGUGGUUGUCAGUGCUUUGUCCCUUUGGCUUUGUCGUGAUGCACAGUGACUGAGAAAAGAUUAAGGGAAGGAUAUGUACCUUAAAAUGAGAAGAGGAGGAGGGAUUUUAGCACACAGGAAGUGUCGUUUACUUUCAUUCCCUCUGAAUACGUUGGGCAUUGGUUUCUGUUCCUGUGGCAGGGAAUGACCCAGAAGUCCCAUGUGGCUGUGGUGAUUACAUCACUCCUCGUUGUAUCUUCAUAUACUGUAGGGUGUCAGAUCGAAACUUCAACAGCCCUUAACUUUCUGUUGCCAUCAGCACCUUAUGAGUAAAUCAAAAAAAAAAUGUUGCACUUUUAUUUGUUAUCAGAGGUUAGGAGCUCUUGUUCUGUUACAUGCGCUGCAACAAAGAGGAAAAGGAACUCUGCUGUCUUAGGUUUGAAUCUUUAGGGGCCUGAUCCCAGAUCCUCACCUCACCUAUGGGUGCUUCUUACUGUCGGGACCGGUCGGGAGGACUUUACUGCAAUAUUAGCUCUGCUUUCAGGGCUUUUGUAAACAAACCUCUCCGAUCCUUUUUUUUAGAAGCACUCUGCGUCAGUGGGGUUUUGGGAUCAGGCCUUGGCGUGACUGUGCUCGUGCGUUCAGGGCAGGCAGAAGACUGUUUACCUCCAGCAUCGUACCAGCACACACUCAACGAUGGCGAGCGACGUGUGUGUGUGUGUCAGUGUUCAAAAGGUUGUGAAAAGGGGGAGGGUAAUGGGAGGGCGGGGGCGGGUUGGGAAGAGUCGCUGCGGAUGUAAAGAUACAUGUUGUUAAGUCAUUAACACCAACAGCAUCCUUCUCUUCUUUAACCUCAAGUCUGUUAUUCAUCGUUGUUGUGUUGUUGUUGUUGUUGUUGUUGACUUUUUUUUUAAAGGUGGUUUAUCUGUGUUUGAAUUUGGCGGUUUUAUGAAUUGAUGUGGUAAUAUUUCUUUUUUUUGUUUCUGUUUGUUUUUUGUAUAUUUUGCACAAGAGGAAAGGAACCAAAUGUUACGAAUACGAUCCCAAUUAGUUGAUACGGUCUUAACAAGGGAAAUGCAAUAUUACUCGUGUGUGUAAGUGAGAAGAGUUGUCGUGUGUGUGUGGGUGUGUGUGUGACGUUGUGUAUCACUCCUGGAUAACCAACUAAAACAAGCAAGAAUCGUCCUCCUUGACUAUUGUAACCCAUGCAAAAAGCUUCCAUCACGACAUGUUUGUUUAGAUAUCAUAGAAUAUAUUCACAUUUAUAUUUUUACAUUGGAUUUUAGUCAUGAAAAUAUAGUUGUAUUAAAAAGAAAAUCAAAAGGAGCCACCCUUGGGAGUGAAUGAUGGUGCUGUGGUAAAUGAAGAAUGAUACUGCUUGAAUUUAUACUUACUAUAGAUGUACUUAAAAAAAGAAAAGUAAAAAAAAAAAAAAAAAUUGCAUGUCACAGGACUAAGUUUCCUUUCCCCUCUCUAGUCUGUGUUGUUGGCUGUUCAGGUUCUCUUCGUGUCCCCACACUUUAACCAGACGUGUGAGCUGUUCGGCGUUAAAUAGUCCCCCACCAUGCUUUAAAUAACUGUUUUUCAUUGUAUACACUGUGCAAGAUGUGUGCCUUUAUACUCCGAAAUUAUUUAAUUUUCUAUUUUGUAAUCUUUUUUUAAAACAAAGGUAAAAGGUUAUUUUAAUAAUGGGGUGUUUACGUUGACAUGCAUUGUUUUCCAAGUUUAUUUUCGACCCUUCUCUCACUCCGACACCUCUGUGUUUAGGUUCGUUCGUGUUAUCAAGUCAGUUAAACGAAAGCAUUCUGAUGAUUGUGUUUUUAACCGACAUAAAACGUGAAUAUCUGUCUUAAAAUUUCGCGGUGGAUCGGUUUGGAUUCUGUAAAUGCAGAUCUAUCGUUGUGAUUAGUCAGUGUGUACAGGCGUCCCCUCUCCUCCUCCUCCUCCUCCUCCUCCUCCUCCUCAGAGCGAGGCGGUGUCUGCUGAUAUUAAUCCCUUGUUCGUCCACGCUGGUCCUGCCUUUAUAAAGAACGUGCGUGCGUGUGUGGAAGUGCAUUGUGGAAUGUGAUUGUGUUUUGUCGU